UAUGCGCGCGUGCGGAAGUGUGUGCGUGUGUGUUUGCGUGUGUGUGUGUGAUAUCGCAGACGUCACAGCCUGCCGUUGGUCCAGUCCAGUUCAGAUCAUCCGUUGGUUCCCUCCGGAGCAGUUCGGCUAAACUGAACUAAAUCCCGGGCUGAAGGCAGUUUAACCCGGGACGUCGCAGCUCACGCUCUGAAUUGGGACACUUAUUUUUUUUAUUUGUACUUAACCCGAAAUAAGCAGCACAAACAGCCGGGGCGGAGGGAGGGAGGGAGAGCCGCCGUUAACGUAACGUCCGUGACGUCGGUCCGCCCGGGCCGCUGCUCCUCCCGCUCGGGGUUCACCACCACGCUGCCCGUCCGGGAGGGUCCCUUUACCGGCGUGUUCCGAGCGAUCGAUCCGCCCGACCGGAGCGCAAUCGCGGAAAAGAUACGUGCGCGAUGAUGGAGAAGAAGAGGUCGGACUGCCCCGCUCUGCCUCCCGGCUGGAAGAAAGAAGAAGUGAUCAGGAAGUCCGGACUAAGCGCUGGAAAGAGCGACGUCUACUACUACAGUCCCCCAACUCUAUGGAAGCGCGAUCCCAAAAAAGAAAAGACAGUCAGUAAUGAUCCUUCAGGAAAGAAGUUCCGGAGUAAGCCUCAGUUGUCUCGUUACCUUGGAAACAAAGUGGAUCUGGGAUGUUUCGACUUCCGGACGGGGAAGAUGAUGCCCGGAAAACUGCAGAAGAGCAAACAGAGACUCCGACACGACCCGCUCAGCCUGGCCAAGGGAGGGAAACCGGACCUGAACACAGCCCUACCAAUCAGACAGACGGCAUCCAUCUUUAAACAGCCCGUUACCAAGGUUACGAGUCACCCCGGCAACAAAGUGAAGGCAGACCUGCAGAGAGCUAGCGAGCAGCCCAGACAGCUGUUCUGGGAGAGGAGGUUGAAAGGCCUGCAGUCGUCAGAUGUCACGGAGGAAGUCCUGCGGACCAUGGACCUGCCCAUAGGCCUGCAGGGCGUCGGUCCGGACUCCAGCGGCGACACCCUGCUGUCGGCCAUUGCCAGCGCCCUGCACAUGAGCUCCACUCCCAUAACGGGACAGACGGCGGCGGCGGCCGAGAAGAACCCGGCCAUCUGGCUCAACACGUCCCAGCCGCUCUGCAGGGCCUUCACCGUCACCGACGAACAGAUCCGGGAGCAGGAGUUGAAAGUUCACCAGGCCAGGAGGAGUCUGGAGGAUGCACUGAUGGCUGACGGUUUGGCGCGGGCCGCUGAAAACACCAGAGAGCAGCUGGAGGGUGAGACGGCCUGAAGACGGACAGAGUUCCUCUGUUCACCAACCUCAGGUUUAUAAUCAUCUUCCUCUUCAGCCAGACGACAAACCAAAAACAGACCGCCCACAGACUGAAACCCAGCUGCACCGAUUGGUCGAUUGCUCUGGAAACCAUUUUCAGGAUUGAUUGGUAUCUGGAAACUACCGCAAUGUGUUUCCAGAGCAACAGUAGCAACAACAACGGGAGCAGAAACCACAGCAAUAAUGGCAUCAGCAACAACAACAACAACAACAACACCAGCACACCGGCUGCGACUCCAACAGCACAACAGACGGCUGCAGCGUGAACAGCUGCAGCGACAGAAACAGCAACAUAGGAACGAGCAUCUGAAGCAACAACCGAAGCUUUCAUCAAGUGCUUACCUUGACUCACUUUUCAGAUUCAGAUAAACAUUUCUUGCUUUUUGAUAUGAAGCUGAUGAAAACGAUUGGAUUUGAAGAGCCACGCCCACAACGAACCCAGAGUCCGAUUGCAAACUGCUGGACGGCCUUUGCUAACUCGACUAACUCUUCUUGACGCUCUCUGAUGAUUUUGGUUGUGUCAGAUGGUUGUCCGUUUUCAAUGAAAUAAUGAGAAUUUACAUGAAUAUGAAAUAGAACAAUUGCUUAUUUAAGACAAAUUUUAUACCUUGAGAGAACAUAUGUGUACAUUUCUUGGACUGGAGUAAAUAAAUGAUUAUAUUCAGGA